AUGUCGAUUACUAUGUGGAAGGCCAUACAUGAUUGUCUGCCUGUUGAUGACAGAAUUUGCAGAAUUGGUAUUUCUAUUGUCUCAAGAUGCGAUUGUUGUUCCAGUCCGAAAUAUGAAGAUUUUAAUCAUUGUCUUGCGAGAGGGGAAUUUGCUGAAAAAAUUUGGCGUCUUUGUUCGGUGGUUCUUGGUGUUCCUUGGAGGGAAGGUGGAUCAUGGAGACAGAGGGUGGAGUGUUGGUAUAGGCGGGCUAAAAAUUCUAAUCGCCCUGGUCAAUUGCUGGGCCUUCUUCCAGCUAUCAUUACUUGGAGAUUCUGGGGUCGUCGUUGUAAGGCUAGGAUGGAAGGCUUGAUGGAUUCGGUCCAACAGGUUUGGUGCUCCAUAAAAUAUUGGGUUUCUUGGAUUGCUUUAAAACUCAAGGAUGUCAACUUGCUUACUAGGCGCGAUGAAGGUAUUUUACAAUAUUUUAAUAUGCCAUUAAAUGUCAUGAGUAAGGAGUUUAUUUUCCCAGUCAAAUGGAAGCCUCCCAAGCAAGGUUGGGUAAAACUGAACAUAGAUGGUUGUUCUCUUGGUAAUCCGGGUCCCUCGGGUGCGGGAGGCAUCAUUCGGGAUGAUAAAGGUGAUUUGCUGUGUGGGUUUGCUGAAGCCACUGGGCAUAAUUCUAAUAAUUAUGCAGAAUUGAUGGGUUUACUUCAUGGGCUUCGUCACAUUGGCUUGUUGGGUAUUUCUUCUGUGGAGAUUGAACUAGACUCCAUGUUAGUGCUUAACUGGUUGAGGAAUCAGAGAUGUGGCCUGUGGUACAUGGAAGAUUAUUGGGAUGAAAUCCAGAGCCGUAUAGCUGGGCUUAAUGUUUCUCUUGUUCACUGCUAUAGAGAAUGUAACUCGGUUUCUGAUGGGUUUGCUAAAAUGGAAGCUAAAGGUCAAUCUGGCUCUUGGUUUUCUUUAUCUGCGCUGCCUGCUCCCAUCAGAGGUAAUAUUCGGCUGGAUAGAGGUGGUCUUCCCUAUAUACGGAAAGCUCGAAGACGUUGCUAG